AGAGAGGAGGAAGGAGGUAUAGACAGUGAGGACAGGACAGAGAGAGACAAGAGGCAGAAGGAGAGAGAAAGGGAGAGAGGGAGAAAGAGAGGGAGAGGGGGAGAGAGAGAGAGUUCCGGGAUUGGAGGGGAGAAGGAAGGAGAGAGCAAGAGGGGAGAGGGAGGGAGGGAGGGAGAAAGGCGGUGAGAGGCGGGGGCCUCGACAGGGUGGAAGGAGGGAGGAGAAGGGCGGGGCACGGAGGCCCAAGCGAGGGACCAGACUCAGCUCUGACUUUUUCCGCCGCGCUCGGCUUCCAACGCAGCCAUGUCACUCCUCCUGCUGGUGGUCUCUGCCCUUCACAUCCUCAUCCUCAUCCUGCUUUUCGUGGCCACUUUGGACAAGUCCUGGUGGACGCUCCCCGGGAAGGAGUCCCUGAAUCUCUGGUACGACUGCACAUGGAACAGUGACAACAAAACGUGGGCCUGCAGUAAUGUCAGCGAGAAUGGCUGGCUGAAGGCGGUACAGGUGCUCAUGGUGCUUUCCCUCAUCCUCUGCUGUCUGUCCUUCAUCCUGUUCAUGUUCCAGCUCUACACCAUGCGGCGAGGAGGGCUCUUCUAUGCCACUGGCCUCUGCCAGCUUUGCACCAGCGUGGCGGUGUUUACCGGGGCGCUGAUCUACGCCAUUCACGCCGAGGAGAUCCUGGCGGAGCGCCCAUCAGGGGGCAGCUUCGGUUACUGCUUCGCCCUGGCCUGGGUGGCCUUCCCCCUCGCCCUGGCCAGCGGCAUCAUCUACAUCCACUUGCGGAAGCGGGAGUGAGGGCCGCGCGUCCCCUUGGCUCCCCAGCCGGCUCCCGGCCCCUCCACCUCACCCCGAAGCCCCCACCCCGCCUCCAGAAAAUAAAACCAUUUAACCGCU